GCGUUGCAUUCUGGGAAAUGCAGGAAGUACGAUGCCCCAGGCAGUAAAAUCUGAUACAGACUUCUUUUCUCGUGUGUUGCUGGUCGGGCGACAUUCCUCGGUUCGCAGUGAAUAUGUCGAUGGUUUUUAAUAGGAUGUAAUCUGAGUUGGACAGCUGAAUUCUUUGCCACUUGGACGGAAUACAAAUCAUAGCAACGAUGGCCGGCGAGACUGUGAGUGUGGUGUUCAAACUGUACUGCCUAACAGUGAUGACCCUGGUGGCAGCUACAUACACAGUGGCACUACGGUACACAAGGACCAUCUCAUCAGGAGAUCUGUACUUCUCCACAACUGCAGUGUGCAUCACUGAGGUCAUUAAAUUAAUACUGAGUCUGGGGAUGCUUGCAAAAGAAACAGGAAGUCCUUCCAGACUGAAGAGCACCUUUGUGGAGCAUAUAUUCUGCAGCCCAAAAGAACUGCUGAAGCUGAGUGUGCCCUCGGUGGUGUAUGCGGUUCAGAAUAACAUGGCCUUUCUUGCCUUGAGUAACCUCGAUGCAGCAGUUUAUCAGGUGACCUAUCAGCUGAAGAUCCCAUGCACGGCCUUGUGUACAGUCCUCAUGCUGAACCGCUCUCUCAGCCGGCUGCAGUGGUUUUCUGUGUUUAUGCUCUGCGGUGGCGUGACACUCGUCCAGUGGAAGCCUGCAGAGGCCACUAAAGUUCAGAUUGAACAAAAUCCUCUUGUUGGGUUCAUCGCCAUCGCGAUUGCUGUUCUUUGCUCUGGAUUUGCAGGUGUGUACUUUGAGAAGGUGUUGAAGAGCUCAGACACGUCUCUGUGGGUGAGAAACAUCCAGAUGUACCUCUCUGGCAUUGUGGUCACCCUGAUCGGGGUUUACAUGAACGAUGGUGACAAGGUUCUGGAGAAAGGCUUCUUCUUUGGUUACACGCCCUGGGUGUGCUUUGUAGUAUUCUUGGCCAGCGUGGGUGGCCUGUACACAUCAGUGGUGGUGAAGUACACAGACAACAUCAUGAAGGGCUUCUCCGCCGCAGCCGCCAUUGUUCUCUCAACUGUGGCAUCUGUCAUCUUAUUUGGACUACAGAUAACGCUCUCGUUUGCCUCUGGCGCCACCCUGGUGUGUGUUUCCAUCUACCUAUAUGGACUUCCAAAGCAAGACACGUCCAAGCUGAGCCGACAAAACAUGGACCACGAAUCCAAACAGAAACUGAUCAACGUUUGAGUCGCAGACGAGCCACAGAGGAGUCACUUUCGCUGGCGGACAAAGUCUGCGUUGGGGACCUGAAAGAGCUCCUAAACCUGGGAGAUUAGGGAGCCAAUCGAACACUGGACUCGUCUCUGUGUUCAGCCCAUCGCAUAGACGACGGCUUUUGUUCCACUUUAACGUAAGUCUGUUCCCUCAGCCCAGCAUAUUUCCACUUUUCAUCUUCAGUCAUGCUGAAGCAAUAAGCACUAAAUAUCACAACUCCUUAUCGUGGAGUUAUUUUUUUCAAUAAUUGUUCUGUUUUACACUGUGCAAUGUUAGUGUCUUAUGUUUAUAACACAUCGGUGUCCAUAUCAUAGUGCUCGAUUCUGAAGGUGCCCAAUUCACAGGAAAAAAUACUUGAAUGAAGGAUGACGACUGACUGCAUGUGUGAUUGUGUUUAUAAAUAUCACCUCUCUGGUGUCUUGUAAACUUUUGUAACAAAUUUGUUGCGCCUUCUGUUUUGGAGCUUUUAUUAAAAUUGAAUGGAAAUAUGA